AUGCCUUCCCUCAUCUGUUUGACGGCAUUGGCCAGGGUUAAAGGAAAAGAAAUCAAGCUCCAUAUCUCAAACACUGUAGCCCCAAAGCAACAGCCACAACGCCGCAUUCCUUUCCAUGUACGCAAAAACGUUGAGCAAGAACUGAAACGCCUCGAACAGCUCGACAUCAUUGAAGCCGUUGACGGGCCAACACCAUGGGUAAGUCCCAUUGUGGUGGUUCCCAAGAAAUCAGGUGAAAUACGUAUAUGUGUCGACAUGCGUGAAGCCAACAAGGCAAUCGGAAGAGAAAAGCACCUCAUGCCAACCUUAGAUGACCUCAUCACUGACUUUAACGGAGCGGCCGUUUAG